AUGUCAUUUAACUGUCAAGGUUAUAUAACCACAAAGUUAAACAAUGUUUAUACACCAUACACAAUGUCCUUUAUAAUAUCAAAUAAUAAUAGAUUAUUACUACUCCCUUCACUAGAAACACCAAAAGAUUAUAAUUCAAUUGAUUUACAAUAUGAUUUAAAUAAAUUUAAAUUUAAUAAUGCUUCAUCAGAUAAUUAUAAUAAUAUUAAAUUACCAAGAUUAAGUAUAACUGAAGAUAAUUAUAAUUAUAAUUAUGACUCCAAAUCUUCAAGAAGUUCUAUCUUUAGUAAUGAAUCUGAUGAUGGUUUUAGUUCAAAUGAUGAAGAUUUUAAUGAUGAAGAACCAAAGUUAGUGGAAAUAAAUGAAACUAAAUCAAUAGAUGAAAAGAAAUUAAUACCAAUAGAACCAAUACCAAAACCAACACCAAAUAACUCUAAUGAAUCAAUUGAAUCAAAUGAUUCAAUUCAAUCAAAUGAAACAGAGUUACAAUCACAAUCACAACCACAACCAGAACAUAUACCACAAACCAAAAGACAUUCAAUAACACCAGAUGAACCAAACAAAUCUAAAAGACAAAGAAUUGGUCCAAGUUGUGAUCUUUGUAGAUCAAAAAAAAUAAAAUGUGAUGCUCAUGUUGAAAUUAUAGAAUUUGAUAUAAAACCUGAUACAUUCGAAUUAACUAAAACAAAUGAAAUAAUGAAUAAUCAAAUCAUAUCAAAAUAUCUAACAUCACAAGAUUUAUCUCAUGGAUUCAAAUUAAAAUAUUGUAAUAAUAAAAUCAUUAAAUUUAAAGAUUGUUCUUAUUGUUCAAUUAAAAAUCAUCCUUGUAUUUAUGAAAGAGGUUAUACCAAGGAUGAUAUAAUGAAAUAUAAUUUACUUAGAAAUAUUAAAAAGAAGAAGAAGACAUCAAGAAAGAGAAGAAGUUAA